AACUUUAAUUUAGUUAUUAGUCGCGAUUCAAAUCUAUCACAUCAAUUCUGCCGCGGCACUUUCAAUCAUGAAACGUCUACUUUUUAUCUCACUUAUUUGCCUUUUUGCAAGUGUAAAAGGUCUCAGUUAUACGGUGACAUCUAAAAUUUAUAUUGAUGUGAAAAUUAAUAAAAAACCAGCUGGACGGAUAGUGUUCGGCCUGUUUGGAGAAGAAGCUCCGAAAACUGUGAAAAAUUUUAGACACAUUUGUUUGAAGGGCAUCAAUGGAACAACCUAUAUAGGAUCUAAAUUUCAUAGGGUCAUAGAUAGAUUUAUGGUCCAAGGUGGUGAUAUAGUUUCGGGAAAUGGACUCGGAUCGGCAAGUAUUUAUGGUGAUUACUUCGAAGAUGAAAACCUUUCCAUCGAACAUCUUCGGGCGGGUUAUUUGGGAAUGGCUAAUCGUGGACCGAAUACAAAUGGAUGUCAGUUUUAUAUAACGACGGUUACUGCAAAAUGGCUUGAUGGAAAACACGUUGUAUUUGGAAAAGUCAUUGAAGGAAUGGAUACUCUUUACGCAAUAGAAAGUGUUAAGACAGACACAGAAGAUUAUCCCAUACAACCUGUGAUUAUAACCAAUUGUGGAGAAAUGCCAACAGAGCCUUAUCAAUUUUACCCUGAUGAAUACAACAUUUGGGGAUGGAUUAAAGCAGCUGGCCCACCACUUCUUAGCUCUUUAUGUGUGUUAGGAACUUUCCAUUACUUUUAUCGUCAACUAAGUAUGUACUGUUAAUGUUUAGAAUAUUUACAUAUAAUUAUUUUGUAUUUUAAAAUUGUUCAAUUUAUUGAUAAGUCAUGUCGUGAAAUAUACAUUAAUAAAAACAAAAUAUAAUACUCAAUUAAUAAA